AUGGACGCUGUUGUGGACUUUGCCACCGAGUACUACGCCGACGCCAAGCGGCUGGUGAACAAGUGCGAGAAGCCCGACACUCGCGAGCUCAAGAAGGUGUUUGUUGCCACCGGCAUUGGCUUUGCUGCCCUCGGCGCCAUCGGCUUUGUUUGCAAGCUUGUCUUCAUUCCCAUCAACAACAUCAUUGUCGGUUCGUAG